CGGAGCAGACCUCCGGGAAGGCAGCGUGGAUUGUACCCCACCUCGCAUCAGUGUGAAUGGGAUUGAAUAAUGGAGCCUCUAUCUGCAUAGUUCCUGGAACUUAUUCCUCCUCCCGGACAGAAGGAAACUAACAGCGGUGUGUCUUGUUGGGAUUUCUCUUCUCUUUUUUUCUUUUCGGGAUCAAACCCCGACCAAGGAGGUUUUGGGGAGAGGAGAGGUUGUUUCAUCCCUCUCUCUCCUCAUCCUCCUGACUCAACAUCCUGCUUUUUUGUUAUUUAUUAUAUAUUUUGAAUUGAUACUUGGGUUGUGCGAAGAUCUUUUUAACCAGACACCAGCAGGAUCUGCGGGUGGUGGUUCCGGUGGUUCCUCGGGCUGUUCGGGACCGGAGCGGGGCAGCAUGGAGCCGGGUUCGCUGGGAUGUAUGGGUGAUGUUUGGGGGCUGAUGGAGCGGAGGAGAGGGGGGACAGGAGGUCUAUACCUGCUGCUGCUCUGCUGGCUGCUGGCUACUCUCACCGCAGCGCAAGCCCCAGAUGCCUCCUCCUCCUCGUCGGGUAUAGGGAGUUUUGUGGAGUUCUCUUUCAGCCAGGAGCCUCAGGACUCAGUGACGGUGCGAGGCGGCGUGCUGCAGCUGGACUGCCAGGCGCAGAGCGAUGCAGGAGCAGGACCCCCCCUCCUCACAUGGCGUAAGGACGGCGUGAUGCUGAGCGCCGUGGUGGACGAGCGGCGGCAGCAGCUGGCUAACGGCUCGCUGCUGGUGCAGAACAUUGUCCACUCGCGGCACCACCGACCUGAUGAGGGGGAAUACCAGUGCCUUGCCACACUGGAAGGACUGGGCACCAUUGUUAGCAGAACUGCCAAGGUCACUGUGGCCGGUCCGCUGAAGGUGGUCAUCCCCACGGAGUCCGUGUCCUCGUACCUGGGGGACACGGCCCUGCUGCGCUGCGAGGUCUCAGGCGACCCCACGCCCAUCAUCCGCUGGCAGAAAAAUCGGGAGGACCUAGCACUGACCUUUGACCCCGACUCUCGCCUGGCGGUGCUGCCAUCCGGCUCGCUGCAGGUCAGCCGCAUCCAGCCGCCAGACUCUGCCACGUACCGGUGUCUGGCAGACAACCCGGGCAGCACCAGGACCGGGAUGGACGCAGAGCUCCGGGUGCUGCCAGAGCCGGGGGUGAGCAGGAACCUCCAGUUCCUCCAGCGUCCGUCGAGGGUCACGGCUCUGCUGGGAACCGAUGCCGUGCUGGAAUGUUCCGCUUCUGGAUACCCGACUCCAGGCAUCCAGUGGAGGAGAGGAGAGGAGAUGAUCCAGAGCUGGAAUAAAAAGUACUCUCUGCUGGUGGGCAGUAAUCUGAUCAUCCAGAGCGUCACUGACGAUGACUCCGGCUCCUACAGCUGUACCGCCGCCAACAAGAACCACAACAUCACCGCACACACCGAGCUGAGCGUGCAGGGCAAGGAGAAAUGA